GUGUGUGGAGGGACGGGGGGAUUAUAUGUGGGGGUGUGGGUGUCCAUGGUUUCAUUGCUCUCCUGUGCAACCAUCAAAUGCAACUUGAAGCAAUACCCUAUGUGCACACACACACACACACACACACACACUUCAGACUGAUACAACAAAAUAAACAAACACACACUCUCUCCAUCACUAUACGCCUGCUUUCUGCCGUAACGAGGUGCAAUCAGCACGCAACGCUGACCAACACACACACACACACACACUCACACACUCACUCACUCACUCACUCUCACACACUCAGGCUGGUUGAAGGAUGAAGUCAGCCUCUGAUUGCAGAACAGUUACAGGAUGUAGACUAGUUCCUCUCUCACUCUCUCGUUCUCUCUCUCUCUCACUCGCCUUCGCUCUCUCUUUCUCUCUCUCUUUCUCUUUCUCUUUCUCUCUCUCUCUUUGUGUGUGAGUGAGGGAGGAUGUACGUUGGCUUUGACCUCAUACUUUCAAUUCACCUCAAAUUGAUGGAAUUAUUCAUCAAGAAGAAUUCCAUUAGUUUGGCAGCGUCAGUGUGUGUUCCAGAAACACGGUAACAAAUACAGUCUAUUAACCGUUGGCGCUCAUGUGGCCUUUUACUUUUUCUAAAAAGUAUUUGUGUCUUCAAAGUUCCUGCAAGCUUCCCUUAGGUUUUUUAGAGUACACAACGUUAAUUUGAAGAGGGCUUACAAGAAAAGUGAAUGAAAGAAAACAGAACAUUUAUUAGCCGCUAGAGGGCGACAGAGACCGUCUUUAGGCCCUCUAUUCAAUUUAUUCUCUUUCCAUCCUCUCUUUUUUCGGAGGUAUGUAGUUGGAUACAGACUGACAGCUAUAAUGCUGCAGUGUUUUCUUCUUGUUGUACUAGUAUUUGACAUUAGAUAUUCAAACAAAUAUAAGGACAUGUCUGGUUGAAGGAAAUGUACAAAAUAUAUAUUACAUUUAGGAAUAGAUUAUUUGGGACACGUGAAUUGAGUGUACAUGUAUGUAUGUGUAGAGGUUGUGUGUGUGUGUGUGUAUAUGUGUGGAGUCUGGUGAGUUAAGCUAAAACUGAUGUAUGUGGGAUCUAGUGUCCACAUGCCGAUGUGUCCCUGGGUAGAUUACUACUGAGGUACCAGUAGUAAUGAUGUUUUGCUGGCAUCUUGUGGACAAAGCCACUGUAGCUGAGUUACUGUGUGAUUGGCCUUAUUUUAUUGUAAGUGGAAUUUUCUGCUUUUAUUACUCAGACCCGCCUCCCUGUCACAUGUUUUACAGAAGGGUCCGACCAAACUGACCAUCUGGCACACGUUCGCAAAAUCACUCAAACUAUUUGGCUGAAAGUUUUGUGACUCACGUGUGUCAGUAACAGCAUCCCUUGACCUUUCAUUCAUCUCCGGAGGCCAACAUCAUGCAGCUCAUUAACAAAAGCCACACAAAAUGAAAACACGUGGAAACAUGAGGAUUAGCAACACGCGGUUGGUGAUAAUAAUCAAUAUCAUUGGAUUUUGUUUUAUGGAAGAUAAUAUGCUAUCUGCAAAAAAAAUUAUAUAUACUGAAAAACUUAUUUCUGUAUGUAAGUUUGAACACAUUGUGAUGUAGCGGUAACUGGGAUGUUACACUGGGAUGAUAGGCAGUUUUACCUGUAACUGGUUUACUUAUACGACUGAGUAGACAAAAGAACUUCCACCAUAGGGUCCUUCUUUGCAAGCAAGGAUCACAUUAGGAGAGUCGUCUGCUCAAAUAAAACAAUAGUUUCCACAAUGAGACAACAAAGAAGUGAGACCUGUCGCCACCUACAGUUAAAACUACCGUAUUUCUUAUCCUUUGGCUGGGUUUGCGACUUAUACUCAGGUGCGACUUAUAUAUUAAGAUAUAUAAUUUCACACUUGUUAUUUUCACACUGACAGCCGCUAGAGGGCACUCUAGCUGGCUGGUGCAACUUAUACUCCCGAGCGACUUGUAUAUGUUUUGUUUUUUCUUUUCGUUGUGCCUUUUUUGGCUGGUGCGACCAUAUAGUUCAGAAAAAUCCGGUACUGCAAACACAAAUACUAAAAAUCUGUGUGUAAAGGUAAAGUGUGGAAGGCAGUGUUGAAUAUGCUGUACUGUGUUGUCGUCCAAAUUUACCUGAAAACUGUUUACUUUAUGGAUAAUGUCGACAGCUUUUGUUAAAUUAGGGCAAAGUUGACUCAUACACAGGCUCUGGUAGGAAAAAGAAAGGUUUGCAUCAUGAUGCUCCACAGACGCACUGAUACUCAGAGACAAAAUAAAGGCGUCCUUCUUCCAGCACAUUGCAGACGCUCUGAAUCAGCUCUCUGAGAAUCUGAGCUAUUCUCCAACGUCCUAAGUAUUUUACACAUUCACUUUGUUUCCAGAGACGCACGUCAAUCUGAGAGUUUCAAUGUUUGCCCUACAUUCAUACAGGCAAAAAGUAAAAAAAUACAUACCAACCUCAACCAUUUUUUGAGUCUCGAGAGCGUAGAUUUCAGCUCGAUCCUCAGAGUCUAACAUUGAUGUCUAAGGUAACGGCCCUCACGUGUCUAAUAAUUAUGGUAACGUAUUCCAAACUGGGAACGCAGCUGCUAAUGGAAGCCUAACGUCUAAACGUUAGGAACAACAUGUCUUUUCACUUCACUGCACCGUCAGAUUUUUAUGUUUUUAUAUUUUUAUACUCGUAUUUUUACACUUUUCAGUCUCCAUUUAAUGAAUUUGGAAAAAAACAUUCAUAUUACAAUAUGGAAUGUUCAACAUACUUUAAAAAUCAGGACCAAACCAAAGGCAACACAUUGUGUUAACUGAAGUGCCGCUCUGAUAAAUCCCACGAUUGUCCAAUAGGCUCACAGAAGUGAAGCCUCAGGAAUGAGGUCCUAACAGCACUUUUAGCUCACAUAGGUCUGAGAAUGCCAGAGACGCUAAUGACAUUUAGGUGGCAGCAGUUAGGGAGAUAGGUGAGGGGAAUGCAGGAAUGUUGACCAUUCAGCUGGACGUUAGACCCAUAGAGGCCGCAGGGUCCAGAGCAGGAGCAGACUCGGACGCACCACUCAGGUUUAGAAAUAUUAUUGUAAUACAUCAAUGUCUAACCCUUACUGUAUAGUUCCCCUUACAUGGCUGUUUUUUUAUAUAUUUUUUUCUAAGAUAACUUUUCCCCAUAAUUAUUGAGUUGACUGUAAAUCCUUGUAAUGUAAACAGAAGAAUUAGCCCCCAUAAGUUACCUGUCAUGUAAAAAUAUGAACAUAAUAUAUAAAUAUAAAAACAAAUAAAUAAGCAAAUUAACAUCAGAGGUGGGUUUGAAGUUGAAUGAAUUCACAUUCAGCAUCAGCAUCAGUGUACAGUAGGCCGGUUAGAGACGGGUGAGUGUUAGAGACGGGAGGAGAUGAACGUUUGAAUUUGUAACUUUAUAACCAAAAUGUUUAUUUUAGAUGUUGACCUAGAAGAAAAGCUGCGCGUUAACAGUGAUUUUAAAAGGAUGGUAGAGGAGGAGAGGGUUGCAGUUGAAUGGACACACAACUGUGUGUGUAGAAAUAAGUAUGGAUGUCACAUUUCUGGAAUAUUCUCUGACAAAGUGAAUGGGAAAAUGAUGAAAGACUUUUCUUAUAAAAAUGUAAUGACUCUCCUUGUGGAAAUGUGACAUCAGUCUGUGUGUGUGUGUGUGUGUGUCUCUAACCACCAGCUGUACUCUGGUCAUUAACCUGCUAACCAGCUUCCACGUGGCUCAUGUUAAAUCCCACACACUGUGGCAUUAGCAGCCGAGAAGAUAAGACAGGAAUAAAGAAUGAACACUGAUUGAUUUGAACAUUUUUAUUCAGCAGAUUAUUUUCCUGUAAAACUUGUUCUGGGACUUUAUUUUACUCUGCGUGUCCUGAAGUGACUUGUAAAUGUGGGGGGGGUUUCCUCACAGUGACUCAUUGUUCUGCAUUAAACAGACGUCCAGUGGACGUUCCUGUGUGACUGUGCGCAGGAAAUGACCAAAGUGAACUUCCUGUUGGUUUCGUCUGAUCCCUCGAACUGCAGGUCGUACGUGACAGCACGUCAGACCCACAUGAAUCUCAUUUGCAGCAGAUGAUCAGAGUGGAGCACAGUUGACAUGUGAGGUGUGUUAGCAGUCAUGAGACACAAGGCUACGGCCCGUUAACGUAGCUCCAUAUCUUGUCUCUGAUUGGUUCAAUUAAUCUCUCAAAUCUGAUUCUGGAUCUUAAGAGACAAAUGUAGCAAAACUUAUUUAUAGUGGGUAGAAAUAAAAAAAAGAAAUCAGAUCCAGUGUGUUAUGUACAGAACUCUAGGUUAAACAGCAACUGAAUCUAGUUAGCUGGUCACAGGUGGAACUCUGGGAAAAGAUCUUGUUGAAAAGAAGAAGAUUUGUCCGUAAUCAAAUGUUUGUCUAUAAAGUGAAUAAAUAAAUGGUCAAGAUUAGAUGAGAUGGCUAAUAGUGGCAAUGCUAUUGCUGGGAGUCUUAAGGUUAGCAUGUACGUUGCUAAAUGUUAGAACUUUUUUUGUUUAAUAUUUGUCAUGGUACUUAUACAUGUCAUGCAUGCAGUGGUCGACACUUUGUGGAUCCUGAAAAGACUUAGGCUGUAGAGCAGUGUAGAUGAACUAGUGGCCCGCGGGCCGACUCCAGCCUGACAAACUGUCCAACCCGGCUCACAGCUGGAUUCCAAAAUAAACAUGAAAUAUUAAUGUUGUAGGAAAAAUCCCAAGUCGUCCAUCUUUAUUUGUAAGGGGUCCAGAAACCUCCUGUGGAGAAUAGAUAAUGGAGCAUUAGCAUUCAGUGCAGGAAGGGCUAAAUGCUAAUUCUUUCAUUUUUCAGAAGGGCAACUUGCUAAAACUUAGCCCAGAUAUAGCUUCAAAUGAGCCAUCAACAAAUACAGUACCUUUAGAUUCAUUCAUAUCACUAACAAUAAUGAAAAAGUUAUAAAAACUUCAAAAAGGUUUUUAUUGAGUAAAUACCUUUAAUAAAUGUAUUUGCUACCACGAUGGCACGCUAAAAAUAAAGGACAGAAAAAAUUACGAGUGGCAGGUCACAUAUUUGCAACACACACACACACCUCCACUACUGCAAUUGGCUGCUGAUGAAUGAGUAAGCUGUUGACCAAUCAGCAGCAUGUGACUGGAGCAUAUCUAGGAGCAGAUCCAGCAUCAGCUGCACUCUGACUGCUCUUCUAUCGCUCACACUCACACAUACAGGCGUAUAUAAACACAUUUUUCAUCACGGAAUUUUUUAUCACCGACUCUCUGAAAGGAAGAGUGUCACAGAACUCAACUUUUUAUUCCUGACCGCUGAGCUCGUCCACGUCAUCGUCAUCCGUCCAUCAUGCACAGCAAAGACCAGAUCAGGUAAGACUUCAUGUUCUUGUUGUGCUGUUGUGUUGUGUAACAUCAUGUAUUACUGUGUAUACAGUGUAUCCCCAGGAGCUGAGGUCGAGGAGGUUUUUGAGGCUUUCAGGACAACUUUUUUAGGAAUACAAAAUAUUUGAAUAACAGUUUAUUAACGCUAGUAUUUUAUUAGGACUUUAGUUUCAACCUAAACCACACGUUUGGUCAGUUUCUGAACGCUUAUCGUGACAGUUGAAACAAACAAAAAGCUACAGUAUCUAUCUAUCUAUCUAUCUAUUUAAUACAUUCUGAAAUAUUUGACUCUUGUAAAAUAAAUCUCCAGAUCAAAAAACUCUAAAGAUCUAAAGAUCAUUGUGCUGAAGAACAACAAGAGGUUUGAACUCAUGUUGAUGCUCUUCUAAUAAAGGCCUUCCAAACAGGUAGCAAUACGAAACCAAGAACUGAUGAUGUGUGACUAGUUCUCCCUCUGUCUACCAGCCGACCCUGUCCAUCAGAACCAACACAUCACAUCUUCUCUCAGUAUUGACGUCUUUUUUAUUGACUUUGACAGGACUUCUUGAUGGCUACUAUCAUGAUGAAUACCAGAAGACAGCUGAUUGGCUGAUGUCUCAGACGAAGCACCGCCCCCAGGUGGCCAUCAUCUGCGGCUCUGGACUGGGGAUGUUGGCUGAUACCCUCAAGUGUCAGGACUCUUUCGCCUAUUCUGACAUCCCUGGAUUCCCUCAGAGCACAGUUCAGGGUCACGCUGGUCGACUGGUGUUUGGGGAACUGAAGGGAAAGACGUGUGUGUGCAUGCAGGGUCGUUUCCACAUGUAUGAGGGACAUUCACUCUGCAAGACGACGUUUCCUAUCCGAGUCUUCAAGCUUUUGGGUGUGGAGACUCUGAUUGUGACAAAUGCUGCCGGCUCAUUGGCUGAUGGUUUCCAUCCAGGUGACAUCAUGAUCAUCAAAGAUCACAUAAACUUCCCUGGACUGGUGGGUCUGAAUCCACUGUGUGGACCCAAUGAUGACAAGUUUGGACCUCGUUUCCCAGCCAUGUCAGGAUGCUACAACAAAGACCUGCGUCGUCUGGCCAUGGAGAUCGCCAAAGAACACGGUGUUGCCAGUGUCAUCCAGGAGGGGGUGUACGCCAUGGUGGGGGGGCCGAACUUUGAGAGCAUCGCGGAGGCCAGACUACUGCACCGACUGGGUGUGGAUGCUGUUGGUAUGAGUACGGCUCCUGAGGUGGUGGUAGCUGCUCACUGUGGCCUGAGGGUCUUCGGCCUCUCCCUCAUCACCAACAAGGUGGUGAAGAGCUAUGAGGACUCUGAGAGUGUGAACCACGACGGCGUCCUGGAGGUGGGACGACUGCGCUCUCACACUGUGCAGCAGCUGGUCACUGAACUGGUCAGCAGGAUCGAGAUCAAUAACAACUCUGACAAAUCUGCUUGACCACGAACACAUGAAGUCAUAGAGUGUAAAUAGCUGGUACAUUUUUAGAGUUCCCACUGGGUUCAAACCCUUAUUUUUUAUUUUUGCUGGUUUUAAUGACAUCAUGUUCAUCGUCACGUAUUUUUACAUCAGUACAGAUCUGAGUGUAAGUAUUGUGUGAGCCAUUUUAAUAUUAAUACAAAUUUUAUUAUAAUACCAAUUUUUAUUCUGUCUGUGGCUGCUUUCAUUUGAAAAUGAGACCUUUUUUGUCUCGACCUGUACAUUUUUUCCCGAGUUGUAUUUAAUCCAUGCUAAUCUGAUUAAAUGAUAAGGAAAAUCCUGAUUUUAGUAUGUUGAUCAGCGAGGACACUAAAGACACCUCCAGACAAUGUUAACUCUAUUAUGACCCAGAAACGUUGUAGACCCUGUAAGAUAUAGUUGGCAUUAUUUUAAUCUGAUAUAAUUAGUCCACAGUUGGCCAAACCUCACAUUUAACAUGACAAAUCUAUAUCUAUAAUCUCCAAUGUUUUCUUAGUUAAUCCUAAAUCCUCUCUACAUUAUAGGUCAGUAACUAUUUUGCAUCACUAGUCCUUUUAUGUUUACAUAAUAACUCGUUAAAAAAAUAUUUCUGCUCACCUGUUUGUUGUAUUUCCUCUUCUGACCAAAAGAGGGCAGCAGUAGACACGCCACUCGUACUGGAUCCGACCAUAACUUAAUUAGUUACUCCUGCAUAUCAUUAACUUCUUCUGUCUUCCGAGUAAAAUAGUUUCGAAAUAUCCAUCCAUCCAUCCA